AUGUUCUUGCCUCGAGGCGAACACGGGGCCACCGCCGCUGUGGCGGGCUCUGAGUUCGGUACCAGGCCCGACACCAAGCCGGAGGCCCGGACCGAUGCCGUCGGCAUCUGGUGGCUCACUUUCGCCUGCGUUUGGACAGUCCUCCUCGCCUGCGGCAUGACAUUCCUUUACAAAAAACGAGACACACCAACACUCCGCCUACGCAGUCUUUCGCUUACCUUCGCCGGCGUAAUCCUCCUCCACCUGUACUGGCUCUCCGUCCAGAUCGCCUACACCAUCGGCCCGUUGGCCCCCGAAGUCGCCGAAUUCUGGAUCAUGAGCAUCUGGUACCCCUUCGGCAUCGCCCUCUUCCAGGCCGGCAACAGCCAGUUCCUACACAUCGCCAAGGCCCAGAGCCGUUUCGCCCGGCCCCCGAGUCAGAUGAGAACCCGCUACGAUGAGAAGCGUCCCGCCCAAAAGCAGAGCCUCUUUGAGCGCAUCCGAGACAUGGACUAUUCCAAGCGCAUGUUCAUGUUUGUCACGAUGGGCAUGGGGGUUCAGCUGCUCGUGGUCGUCAUUAUCUACAUGAUUUCACGCAAGUUUCACUCUGAUUUCGGUAUUCCUGGCACUGAAGUGACGGGGAGCACUCCGCUUGAGAUUGCCAUGCAACAGGGCCGGGGUUGGGAAUGGUGGCCCUCGAUCGUGUGGCAAUUCAUCUGGGCUUGGAUCGUUGCGCCCAUCAUUCUCUGGCGCUCUCGUGGCAUUCAUGACACACACGGCUGGCAGAAGCAGACCAUUGCCUGCUGCAUUGCUGGUCUCCCGGCGGCGCCUAUGUGGCUUAUUGCUAUCUACGCCCCUGGCAUGGCCCCCGUCAACCAAUACUUCAUCCCGCCUCAAUGGAUCGCCCUUUCGAUCUUUGUGAUUGAGAUUUGCACGGUGUUCGUCCCUUGCUGGCAGGUCCGGAAGCACCAGGCACUCCGCCAGGAGACCCUCGAGUCGAUCGCGAACUGGGAGUCCAAGAAGCAGUUCGGUACCAAGACGGAGACCUCGAGCGACAAGAGCGCCCCGCCGUUGAGCCCGACGUCCACAAAGGUUGGCGACUACAGCGCUUUUGACUCGUGGAAGAAGCUGGCGCACCUUGAGUCCGGUAACAACAGCCAGAGCAACCUGAGCAAUGGCCCCGACGAGAGUGUGCUCACCAUGGCUGCCCUGGAGAAGGUCCUAGACAAGAACCCGGAACCCCUCCGUCAGUUCUCCGCGCGCCGUGACUUCUCCGGUGAGAACAUCGCUUUCUUGACUGCCGUCUCCGAAUGGAAGGCCGCUCUGCCCGCCGACUUCGCACACGAUCGGUUCACCGCCAGCGAGGCAGGAGUCCGUGAGCAGUUCACCCGUGCUCUUCGCAUCUACACCGAGUUCAUCUCCCCUCGCGACGCCGAGUUCCCUAUCAACAUCGCUUGGACCGACCUGCGUAAGCUGCAGGGUAUCUUCGAGCGUGCCGCGCGCAGCGUUGCUGCGUCCGGUCCGUCGAACUCCGCAACCCCCUUCGACGACAACGCGACUCUCGCUCCGCCCGCAACUGGGCGUGCGCCUCCCUCGCGCGACUCCGAGGUCCACAUCCUCGGCGGCCACUCCGACCACCACCAGUCGACCCCGACCCUCCACUCGCAAAACCAACCCACCCACCUCCGCAAGUCCUCCAACACCACGUCCAUCCCCUUGUCCGUCAAGUUCGCCCACCCAGACCCGCUCGACCCGCAGUCCGCCCAGGCCCAGGCCGCCAAUGCCUUGCCCAUCUACACCGGUGACAUCCCUGAAGGGUUCGAUGCCGCCGUGUUUGAUGCCGCCCAGGCGAGUAUCAAGUACCUGGUCCUGACCAACACAUGGCCCAAGUACGUGCGGGAGAGGCGCAACUCGGACGGCAACUCGUCGACGUCCGGUACCAGCCGAUCCUCGUCUCGGUCGUCGCGUGGGUCGCGCACGGCACGGAGUGACGACGGGGCCGAGAGCUCGGUUGGUGGGACAAGUGUUGGGAGCAAGAUGAGCUUGAAGGGUGCGUUGGGAUUCCUGAAGGGGUCGAUUAACUAA